CGCGUGUGUUUUUUCGAUGUGUGUAUCGUGUCGUGCAAAUGGCGGUCGUUGUCGUGGUGUUUUGUGAGAUGUUGCCCCGAAAUUAACUACGCCAUAUCGUUAAUACAGCGUUCGACGAGCGAGAGAGUACCCUUAGGACAGAUCGGUGCCGCGAUCGCGGAUCGCCUGCAAUCAUGGUGAAACUGGUGAAGAAAUUCUUCGCCGGUGACAAGGUGUUUGCGAAAGUUCGAGGUUACCCGCCAUGGCCAGCCAAAGUUGAAAAAGUCAGUGAUCCAAAUUCAAAGAAUGCUAAAUAUAGUGUCUACUUUUAUGGUACAGGAGAAACAGCUGUUUGCAAAGUUGAAGAGUUGUAUACUUAUAUUGAGAACAAAGCAAAGUUUUGCAAACCUAGUCGACGAAAAUUUUUUCAUGAGGGCAUACAACAACUUGAACAAGAACUUAAAAAUGACAGAAAUAAGCCUAUGGCAGAUAUUGCAGCCAUUAAAGGUGCCGAAACGACAGAAUUGCCAACUGCUAGUACUACAGAUAGCGACAUGGAAUCUGGUUCCUUAAUGAUAGAUGAAGGAGAAAAGAAAAAAUCUUACAAAAGAAAAUCUCUUACGACUACCUCCAAUACUACUGAUACUCCAGAAGUGAAAAAGAAACGUGGUAGGAAAGCCACAAGUGAUGCAUCGAAACAGGAAGCUGCUUUAGAUUCACAAGGCGAAGAAUCGCCUAAAGAAGUAGUUAGUCGUAGUGGACGAAAGAUAAAACCAAAACGCUUUGCAGAUUUUUCUAGUUCUGAUGAAACUGAAACCAAUCUGGAUAAAAACGAACAUUCUGGACGAGGUCGUAAAGCGAAAAAUGAAGAUUCUAAUGAGCAUCAAAUAACACCAAAUGUAAUGCAUAAAAAAAGGGCUGCUAUUGAAAAGAGAAAUAAUGAAGGAUCAAUACUUGAUGGAACGGUAGUAUCAAAUGCCGCAUCUUCUGAUACAUCAAAUCGCGUUCUCUUAGCUCGUACAUUUGCUGGAGAACAUGUAGGUAUUAAGCUGGAUAUAGACAGGCCGAAGACUUUUGAAAGUAAAGAAGCUCGAACGCGAUGGGAUUGGAUGGUUGCCAGAAAUGCUAUGAAACUCAAAGCGCAAUUGGAAAGUGGUGAGGUUUUGCCAGAGCAGGUGAAGGAUUCUUUAGAUUUUAAUGUAGUCGUGCCAGAGGAUGAGAAGCGUCUUUUAACAAAAGAUGGUGCUGUUCAUCGAAAAACGUAUAAAUUGAGGUGGCUUCGUAUAGAGGCUCAACUCCUACAAUUAGAUGCUCAAAUAAAAUCAAAUCUAGGACUAGAUCGAGCAAAUACAGAUAAAUGUUUACAGGCGAUGGACGAUAUCUUGGCUCUUUCAAUUGAUCCUCUAAUGUUGAAGAAACAUCCCCAUAUUGUUGAAACAGUGAAAAGGCUGCGACGAUACAUUGGCAAUCUAGGAGAAUGGAAACUAACCGCAGAAGAAGGGGCUAUUUUCAAACAAAAGGCAGAACAGAUUAGACAAAAGGCUGAGCAUAUAUACAAUAAGUAUAAGGCUAUGUUUACUAUACCUGAGGGUCAGUCAUUUUGGCAAUCAUUUUCGAAUCAAGUAGUCCAUUUCAAAGAAUUGACAAAAAAUAUGCCUGAAGAGAAGGUGUUUUCAUUGAUGUCUGACCCUGCUUGUUCAGAUGCAGGAAGAUCAGAAGAUUCACUUGCAGAUGAUAAUGCCAGUCAACUAGAUACAGAUGUAGUUGAAGCAGAAUCUAUAACAGAACCAGAAGUAGAGCAUAAACCAGAAGCAGAAAUUGAACUGGAACAGAAAGCAGAGACAGAUUCUGCUCCAGUAAUGCAAGCAGAAACAGAAGUGGAAUCGGAAACAGUUGCUGAAACGGAAGUAGAAGCAGAAGUGCCUACCAGAAGUGAGAGUCCCAAGAAUGAGGAGAUCAAGAACAUGUAAUCUGGUUGAUAUUUGACGGGCAUCAGCAUAAUCAGAAUUCUAUCGAAGAACUGGAGACCCUUCAACGACGCGACGCCCAUGUACAGGAAGACACCGAACAACACCGGCAUCGGUAUAUUCCUCAACAUUGGUGUUAGGAACACCGAGCAUCCGAUCAUCAGGA